AUGUGUGAGAAACAUCUGAAACCAGAUCUUCUCCUCGGUCUCUCUGGUACUGCAUGGAGGCUGAAGCAUCGAUUCCCUCAAAUUCACUCCGGGCUCAGAUUUCCAAAUUUCCAAGUUCUCAGGAACGUGACCAAGAAUUUUGCGCCCGAGAACGAGCUUGGCCGUGGUGGAUUUGGAGUUGUUUAUAAGGGAGAGUUGGAUGAUGGAACAAAAAUUGCAGUGAAACGAAUGGAAGUUGGUGUGAUUAGUAGCAAGGCAUUGGAUGAAUUCCAGGCUGAGAUUGCGGUUCUAUCAAAAGUCUGGCACCGACAUCUGGUAUGUCUUUUGGGUUAUUCUAUAGAAGGUAAUGAAAGGAUUCUGGUGUAUGAAUAUAUGCCACAAGGGGCUCUAAGUAAGCAUCUUUUCCAUUGGAAAAGCCUUGAACUGGAGCCACUCUCUUGGAAGAGGAGGCUCAAUAUUUGUUAUCUUCAAAUUUAUUUGUUAUCUUCAAAUUUUAUACUAAUCCUGAUUUCAAUGUUCAAAUAUAUUUCAGUGACAGGAAAAAUCACUACAAAAGCGGAUGUUUUCAGUUUUGGGGUCGUGCUAAUGGAGCUAUUGACUGGACUAAUGGCACUUGACGAGGACAGACCUGAGGAAAGCCAAUACUUAGCAGCAUGGUUCUGGCAUAUCAAAUCAGAUAAGAAGAAGCUAAUGGCUACUAUCGAACUGCAACGCCCUUUCCCCCACUCGAAUUUUACUUCCAUCACCACACCCACUGAGAAGAGCCACCAUGCCUCAACUCCCUGGAACCUAUCCACAUUAGCCAUUGGACAUUCUUCCAUUUUCCCCAAUUUCAUUGUUAGGGAUUUCAAAUUGAAGUUUGCGUCAACAAUAGCCUGGAUUGUCUUCGUGUUCUCCAACAAUGAAUCGCUUCCUCUCGCAACGAGUUUAAGAAAUCUCCAAGUUCAAUUUGAAAUCCCUAACUCCCAAUUUCAUAUGUUCCACUAUAUGGCCAUAUCUGAUACAAGGCAAAGGAAGAUGUCGACUGUAGAAGACAGAAGAACGGGCAAGGCGCUGGCGUAUCCUGAAGUUGUUUACUUAACCCAUGCAACUGACCCACAAAUUCGAGGAGAGGUUGAUGAUAAAUAUCAAUACUCGAUAGAGAACAAAGAUAACUCUGUUCAUGGGUGGAUUGCAGAGGAUGAUUCAACACCAGUGGGUUUCUGGGUGAUAACUCCUACUAAUGUGUUCCACAAUGCUGAGCCCGUUAAACAAGAACUCACUUCUCAUGUUGGCUCAACUUCUCUUUCCAUGUUUACCGACACUCAUUAUGCUGGCAAGGAGACAAUCAUUAUAUUUUAUGAAGGGGAGACUUAUAAAAAGGUGAACUCCAAGAUGGACGUAUAG